UGGUGUCUUUCACAAUCCGAUUUGAUUCGUAGUUUAUCUUUGAGUUUAAAUUCUAGAACACGAGCCGCUUGAAGGAACAUAAUUCCAAGCUCGUUCAAAAUGGCAAAAAGAGUUGCAAUUGUGACUGGAGCCAACAAAGGAAUAGGUUAUGCUGUAGUUCAGGCCUUAUGUAAACAGUUUGAUGGUGAUGUUCUCCUUACAGGACGAAGUGAGGAGAGAUGUAAGGCUGCUGUUGCAGAGCUGCAGAAGCAAGGGAUGUCACCUAAAUAUCAUCAGAUGGACCUUGAUGAUCAAACUUCCAUUAACAAGCUAAGGGACUUUGUUAAAGAACAAUAUGGUGGAAUUGAUGUUCUUGUAAACAAUGCUGGUAUUGCAUUCAAGGCAGCAUCAACAGCACCAUUCAGUGAACAAGCAACAGUGUCAUGUGCUACAAACUUCUAUGGUACUCUGAAUGUGUGUAACACACUUUUCCCUCUUCUUAGGCCACAUGCUAGAGUAUCCAACGUAUCUAGUAUGGUAUCACAGAUGUGUAUAGCAAAAUGUAGCGAUGAAAUCAAAGCAAAGUUUAAAGACCCAAAAAUAACUAUGGACCAGCUGAAAGCUCUUAUUCGGCAAUUCAUUGAUGCUGCACAGACUGACAGCCACCUAAAACAAGGAUUUGCUUCAUCAGCCUAUGGAAUGUCUAAGGUUGGUGUUACUGUAAUGAGCUUCAUACAGCAGAGAGAAUUGAACUCUGACCCUAGGGAGGAUAUUGUUGUGAAUGCAUGUUGCCCAGGAUAUGUUGAUACUGAUAUGAGUUCUCAUAAAGGAACUAAAACAAUAGAACAAGGAGCAGAUACACCAGUGUAUUUAGCAAUGCUUCCACCUGGAACAACUAGCCCAAAAGGAAACUAUGUGUCUGACAGAACCAUUCAAAACUGGGGAUGACUAUCUAAUAAACUUUGAUGGACUAUGCUAGCUUAAUUAGCUUUCUUGAUAUAAAUUUAUUUAAGAAACAUUACACAUCAUAACUAUA